AUGUCACGAAAUGAAGAGAACAGCCGACCACCGCCCUACUCAGAAACCUACACAACACGCGCCGUGUCCCCCUCGCGUGGCCAGAAUAUCCUUGACCAACUAAGUCUCACCCGCGCACACCAUAUCCAAUCUGUAAUCGACACACACAUCAUUCCCCUCGUGGAAACCCAAGCAACCUACGGCAUCGCCCAAACCACCAUUGCAAUGCUACCGUCGGAUAUCCCCUUACCCACACCAGAAGAAAAAUCCGAGUUCAGCUUCGAUACCGGUGACUUCAAGGCCGCCGAGGUGAUUGGCUUCUCGUCACAAGAAGAGCCAAAAGUAGUGCGGUUGGAGGGCCAGAUGAACCGAACAGAGUUUUGGCGGCCACAGUCUGUUAUAGAGGAGUUGGAGAGAGUGUUGAGGGAGAGUCUGAAUGCGAGUCCGCGGUUACAGAAGAAUUCGAUGACGAGUGCAACGCGGUCAGUUGCGAGGAGUGAGGUUGAGAUGCCACUACCGCAGCCGAGACGGAACUUUCUUAGCAGAUUGGUUCCCUCGUUGGGCCCAGAAGAGCGAUCGCCGAGUGGAAAUCCGGAAGUUGGCUCGAGGAAGGUGGAUGCUGUUGGACUGGUACUUGUCAAGGUUAGGCUAGAAGAGAUAUGCCUCAGGACUGUAAAUGAGUUUGGACUGUAUGACACCAUGUCAAAACAGUGUAUCAUUAUUCGCGUGGAUGCGCGGUGUUAG